GAUCAAUUCUAUAACAUCAACAUGAUUGGUAGACGGUGAUCAGGUAGUGUCUUGUAACAGUAUAUGAUGGUAUAUAUUCGUGGAUGCCAGACUUUGAACAUCAGAUCCGUGUUCAAUUAUAUCUUAAUUAAUAUAAUGCAAUUAUCAAAGAUCACCAGUUAGACUACCUGAACUUUAAAAAAAUUUCGCUCGGUGUUAAACUUUAAAUUAUUUAAAACAAUGAAAAAUGCGAUAGUUUUGUAUUUUACCUGUCUUGCGAUUUAUGACGGAGUUUCAGUCCAGUUAGCGUCAUACAGCAAAACCAGUGUUACAUUUAUUGCUAAUCUGUGUAUGGACGAUUCAUUGUUGACUCGAACUGCCAGUAAUAGAAUACAAUGUGGUUUAUUAUGUAGUGGACAUUCUGAUUGUAGACGAUUUUUAUUCUGUCCAGUUUCUUUGGUUUGUACUUUAUAUCCUGAUGGUACAGAUUGCCCCACGGAACAAGAUACCACAAGCUGUUCUUGCUACAUGAAGACUAGUGGUUAUGAUGGGUCAGACUACACGUGCCCAUUUGGUUUCUAUGGAAACGGAUGUCAACAAGUCGUGACAGAUUGUGCAGACGGUAUUUCUAAAGAUGUCUUUACAAAUACAGAGGGUAAAGAAAGAUUAACCUACAUCAAACCAGCUACUGCAGCAAAACCAUUUGAGGUUUACUGUGAAACCCAAGAUCCAGGUUCUAUCAUUGUCUUAGAACGUAACAUCGACUGUAGUUCCGAAUCGUUCAACCGAUCACUGGUAGAUUACGAACUUGGUUUCGGAAUAGUUCGUGAAAACAGCUGGAUUGGAUUUAACCGACUGCUUGCUGUGCUGAACAGUAGCCCAGACUACAAGUUUGCUUUACGAGUUCGGCUAUGGUACAACGAAGGAGAGUGCAUCACGGAAUAUGAGGGAUUUAAUAUUGGCAACAAAGAAACUGGGUACAAGUUGAUAAUGGAAUCCUAUACUUCAGUCGCUGGCUCCAGUCCAUGUGGGGACUCUCUUAUGGAUGAUCUUGCGGUGGUCGGCUAUUCCUUCACCACGUAUGACGUUGACUAUACCAAUACAAAUCGAUGUGGCCAGAAGAUCGGUGCGGGGUGGUGGUUCGCAAGUCACCCAAGUUGUGCCCGAAGUUACCUGACUGGCUCUAUGGACGGCACAGAAUCUGGUGGGCUGUGGGCAGAUAACCUAGAAGGUUAUAUCCUGAAGCGUGUUGUUGUAACUGUACGGAAAAUCGUAUAGUAACCAGCUGCCAUAUUUGGUGUCUCGUUUUGGUAUCCCAAGAGACGACUUUCUAUGAUUUAUAUUGUAAUUGCCUUGACGUAUAUCCCAGUAACUCAAUGUAGAUACGUUGCCUCUUGUAAUGUUCUAUCGACGUCUUACCUGAUCAUUUUGUAAUUCAAGUAGCUAAGUCUCUAACUCAAUAUCAUCCAAAGUCUUACACGUUGAAAAUACGAAAAUACGAAUUAUUUGUCAAUUCAAAUCAACAUUGAUGUUGUGAUCUUACCAGGAAAGGGUAGGCUUCUGAUAUCCAAUAUUUAAGACAAAAUAAACAUUUUACCAUUGGUACACGAAUCGUGUACCAUACUGCGUUUCAGAGUCAUUUGUAACAAAUGACCAGAAAGAACGAGGCUAUACAUAUUCCACAACUCAUGUCAAACGGUGACGCCAUAUCUGAUCUGGAGAGCAUGCGCAACAGACUGGAAUAACCAGACGCUAGAAAUUGCUAUUCGGUUGAGACUCCUGCCGUAUUUCGCUGUACGUAACUGAUUUGAAAUUAGAGUCCAAACGGAAACAAUUGAAUGUAAAUCAAUUCAUAUACAAUCAGAUUACAUUAUUAUAUGCAUUGCGACCCAUUUGGGUCAAUUUCUAGGUCCCAAAUAUUAGCAAUUUAGCUCCUUUAAGAACAGAUGACCUAGAAGGGUAUAUCCUUAGUAAUUGAAAGCUAAAUGAAAUGACAAGAUUUCUUUACCGUAUAUAGGCACCACGUUGACCUCGGGCAAACUUCAAACUGCACGUCGCAUUGCACAUGUCAUGUCAUCUUCCAUGGUGAGUGAUAUAUGAAUUUAUCAUACAUCCACUGAUACUGUACCCCCCCCCCCCCCUCCACCAACUCUUGUCUGUCAUCAAAUAUUUUUUUUCCAAUUAAAUUCAACUAAUUCAACAUUAGAUUAUAAUCAGUUUUCUUCAUUUCUAAAUCAGCCAUGUUUGAAUUUAUCCUCCUUAUAUCUUAUUUCAACAAAUAAUUCGUUGACGUUUGAAUGUUUGAUUAGCCAUUAUUGUUCCUAACCUCUU